UGAAUGUGAGGGUUUAUCAGCUUACAGCGGGGGAUUUCGUUAACUGGAUUAGUGGUAGAUUUAAACUCUGCAUUUAGGUUCAAGAAGUGAAAAUAAUCAGCGAGCCCGUCUGCACAUCAGGUAUAUAAGGGUUCACACGGCGUCUUCUCACCACAGCUCCAACACCGCAACAGCUCUACAUUGGUAACUUUGUGCGACCACAUCCUACACUUAAGAAUGGACUUCCAAAUCGUUGCCCUGGUGAUGUUGUUCCUGGCCUGCGUGGAGCAGAGCCUGGCCUCAUGCGUUGUGGACAGCUUCACAGUAAAAGAAGACUUUGACCCCAAAAGAUAUGCAGGAAAGUGGUACGCUCUGCAGAAGAAGGAUCCUGAGGGUUUGUUCCUGCAGGACAACAUCUCUGCUGAAUACACUGUUGAAGACGAUGGUUCCAUGGUUGCCUCUUCCAAGGGCAGAGUCACUCUCUUUGGGUUCUGGGUCGUGUGCGCCGACAUGGCUGCUCAGUACUCUGUGCCCGACCCCGGCACCCCCGGCAAGAUGUUCAUGAACUACCAGGGACUGGCCAGCUACCUGUCCAGCGGCGGUGACAACUACUGGGUCAUUGACACGGAUUAUGACAACUAUGCCAUCACCUAUGCCUGCCGCACCCUGAAAGAGGAUGGAAGCUGCGAUGACGGAUACUCCCUGGUCUUCGCCCGCAACCCCCGCGGCCUCCCCCCUGCCAUCCAGAGAGUCGUCCGCCAGAAACAGGAGGAAGUCUGCAUGGCCGGAGAGUUCCAGCCAGUGCUACAGUCUGGAGCCUGCUAAACUGGCCCUAGGCUAAGGUUUGCUGACUGGAUCAUCCGCCAAAAGUGAAGACACAGCUCUCCUCAAAGACGCAAAUGAGAGAAUAUUAAUGCUAUCAGAUUCAACGCCCUGAAAAAAAGAAUUUCAUUGAACCUACCAAGAUGAAAAUAUAUUUCCCAUACACUAUUACCUGUUGAGUGAAUGUGAUCAUUUUCCUUCUGUAUUAGUUACAAUAUAUUUUGUAA